UAGUGCAGCUGUUAGAUUUGCUGUGAGAUGAUUCUUGUUGAGAUUUUGUGGGUCGUUGUUGUUGAUUUUAUUAUUGGUUUGUGGUAUUGGUUCUAUGUUGCUGUGACAAACUUAAGUUUGUUAGCAUGCAAGUGCUGGUUAUCGGCGCGGUGUUGAGGUAGCGAAUAUAGGUAAUGAGUAAGGCCAAGAACGUAGCAACAGACUUUUCCAAAGCAGAAAACGAAAACUCGGUUGAUGUUCUUAUCAGAAGAUUCAAGGCGGGAGAUCCAGAGGUCAUGUAUGAGAAAAUUCAGAGUUCAGCCGAGCUAGCAGUCGACUCUCUAGACGGAGACCCCCGAAUAGCAAAAUACAGCAUCUCCAACCUUCCUUCACCACACUGGUCUGUUGAAGAAAGAUUAAAACCUCUCAACCCUUUCUAUCAGGACAAAACUAAGAAGAAAAUGUUCAUACCAAACAUUGAAGCCGAACCAAUUAAUCCACUCAUGGCCAGACAAAGCUCCUCUGAAAAAGCUGCUGCUGAAGCGAAGACACUCAGGGAAACACGUGCUGCCCUUAAAGAGGCGGAGAAGAAGAUUCUUAUCACAGCUAUCAAGAAAAAUUCCUCUGAGAAAACAUUCCGGAAGCACUCAUCAAGCAUGCCGAUUUCGUACAACGAAUUUAUCGCUACCCAAUCCAAGACUUACGUAUAAUAUUGAUCACUUAAUCAUCAGUGAAUAUAAUAUUAUGAUUCGAUUUGUUAUCAAUGAAACGAAUUAGCUUUGGGAUUUCCAGAACCUCUUGGAGUUACAUCAGGCGGUGUAACCAGACCCACACUGAUGGAUUAUACUUAUAGCUGGAUUAUCAUCGACUGAACUUCAACCAUUGAUCUCUAUGAUAACUGCGUGGUAACACUUUACAAUGAUAAUUCAGCUCUUAACUUUACAUAAGAGAUUUAGUAAGAUUUGUAUCAAGUCAUUGUAAAUCGUCUGUCAAUAGAAGAGGAACCGGAAGGAGGCAACCUAAACUGCGAGGUACUCCUACUACUCCAUGGCUCUUCAGAAGAUCCGGCAGGGAUGGUGUUUGGUAGACUGGUAUUUUCUGCAACUGAUAGCUGCUGCCGGAGUCGUUGUAACUCCAGCUCCAUUUGCUGAAAAUGGGCAUCCUGAG